CACCAUUUUUGUUACGUGCAACUGUGUGAGAAUACAAGUUUUUUGAGUAUUUAUACCCUUUCUAUUCAUGACCUUUCAUCUCAUCUCAUCAAAGCAUAACAACAAAAUAUAAGUAUCAGAGCAAAUACUCGUUCCAGUAAUGGCAAAGCUUGAAUCUCUUUCUAUGAAUGCCACAAUCCUGUUGCUAGCAAGCAUAUUCAUUGCAUUCAUCACUUCAACUACAUCAACCCGAAUCCUUAUUGCUGAUGAUGGGGUAGGAACACCAUCCACUGCACCACAAGAGCCUAACUCUGCUGUGUCCCCUGUUGCGCCAUUGGUGACACCUUCACCUGUUGCAGCAGCAGCGGCAGCGGCAGCGGCCACCCCUACUGCUCUUGAUGAUCACCACCCCACAAUCUCCUUCUUCAUGCAUGAAAUCCUUGGGGGCUCAAACCCCUCUGCGAGAGCUGUCACCGGAGUUGUAACCAACCCUGCACUCAAUGCUCAGGUUGCCUUUGCGAAGCCUAACGGUGCAAACCUUCCCCUGAAUGCUGGUGUCCCACAGAACAACAACAACGCUGGACUCCUUAAUAACAACAAUCUCCCUUUCCUCACAGGCCUCGGCGGAACCACAGCCAGUGUCUUCAACAACAAUGGAAAUAAUGGUAACAAUAAUGGUAUCUCGGUGGGAAAUGUCAAUCAGCUCCCUGAAGGAAUGACACUGGAGAAGCUGAUGUUUGGGACAAUGACAGUGUUCGAUGAUGAACUAACUGAGGGGGAAGAGUUGGGGUCAGGUUUAGUUGGGAAAGCACAGGGAUUCUAUGUGGCAAGUUCAGUUGAUGGGACCAGCCAGGUAAUGGCUUUCACUGCAAAGUUUGAGGAGAAUGGAUAUGCAGAUAGCAUUAGUUUCUUUGGUGUGCACCAAACACAGGUCUCAGAGUCACAACUUGCAAUCAUUGGAGGCACGGGAAAGUACGUUAACGCUCAGGGAUUUGCUAUUAUUAAGACUUUCCCUGUCAAUGGUCAGCAACAUAAUACUGAUGGAGUUGAGACUCUGGUGCAGCUCACAGCUUAUCUUGCAUAUUAGGGUCUCUUACAUGCAAUGAAGUGAUAUGUGAUUAUUGUAUUUUCUGCAAUGAAAGUGGAUAUGUCAUUUACGUGAGCAUAUACUGUAUGUUUGUAACCUUUACUAAACAAGACCGUUGUUUUAGAAUUUUAUUGUGCUGCAAACGCCAACUUGAGUCUAAAGGUAUGGACACUUAUUUCCUUAAUAGAACUGAUUCUGAA